GGAGACUGCUACUACAAACAUUUGUGAAAGACUGUGCAAUAAGUCAAUCCGUGAAAUUGCCUAGCUACUAAAUAUUCCACAGUCAACUGUUAGUGUAUUACAACAAAGUGGAAGCAACUGGGAACAACAGCAACUCAGCCACGAAGUGGUAGGCCACGUAAAAUGACAGAGCGGGGUCAGCGAAUGCUGAAGUGCAGAAGUCGUCAACUGUUUGCAGAGUCAAUAGCUAAAAGCCUCCAAACUUCAUGUGGCUUUCAGAUUAGCACAACAGUGCUUAGAGAGCUUCAUAGAAUGGGCUUCCAUGGUGGAGCAGCUGCAUCCAAG